AAAAUGGAUGAAAUUGUGAAAUUCAAAGCAUGGGCAACAAAGUUGGGAUGCCCACCGGACAAAUUACCACCCGACGAUGCACUGAAAAAAUCGUUCCGAGGUGAACAAAGCACGAUGUUUCAUCACAUUAUGGAAAAGGUGCGUUCGCGACAGGAGAUAGCAUCAAUGCGGAAGAAUGUGCUCGUUCAUAAGCUACAAAUUCACCAGAAAACGGACAGCAUCGUUGCGAACGCUUCCUUUAAUACGCUACCAGCUGAGCUGCAGCGCUAUUUAAAGAUACAGAAAUUGAAGAAGAAAAUCGAUGAAACACGACUUCGUAUUAAACAAUCCAUCGGAGGAUUUGAGUCGAUCAACUUGCAAAUCAAGGAGAAAAAUGUUCAGAAAUUACAGUUGAUGCACAAACAAGAUGAAUUGAAUGGUAAAGUUGCGCUGUACAUGGCACACGAAGCAACGCUGCAGCGCAAUCUGGAGAAAGAAGCACAACUGAUCCAGCGUAUCGAGCGCAUAAUGCCCAUCAAUUCGUGUCACCCCGAUAUGGCCCGGAAGGCCAUCGAACGAUGCACACAGUUGCUGGAGGGGUUUUAUGAACGUUUCCAGGAUCAAAAUCAAGAAGCAAGUCGAGCUUUGCAGGAUGAUCUUUGGGCUGACCUUCGCGAUGUACUGCGUGGCAUUCCGAAUCAUCUGCUUUGGAACGUACUACUUACAAUGAAGGACAAACAUUUGAGAGAAAUCUCCGAACAUGACAGCCGUCGAAAUGCACAGGAAAACGAUGUGACGCUGUCCGAUCUUGAUCUGCUGCAAGCAAGCAUGGCAAAGCUGUGCUCCAGCCACAUUUGUGUGUUUCUGGACGUUGUGUCCAUCCGAAACAAGGUGCAAGCGGCCCGAGAAGAGUACCUGGCCAAGUACACUCCAAGCUCGAACGAACUAGAAGCGAAGAUGGCCCUCAUAAACGUGAUGGAUGAUGAAGCGGAAGAAGCACUAGAGGAGUACCUGGUGCAGUGGAAUUCGCGCGAAUAUAACCAGGGGCAGAUAGAUUACAUGACGCGCGAGAUCGAGCGCAAAAAGCAAGAGCUGCUCGCGUACACGCAAAAGGUGCAAAAUCACGAGCAACUGCUUGGUCAGCUCAGGAGCAUUUACGGCCAGAUCGAGGAAAUUUCGAAACACAUGGAGGCUGAGUUGCAUCAGGUACGUCAAAUCAAGCAAAAGGUGCACUACACGAAGUACGUGUGUCAGCACACGGUACACACCAUGCGACAGAAGAAUGGAAAUAAUCAAACGCUGAACAUGAGCGAUCAGUCGUUCAGUCGGCUAGACAGCACGGCCCUUCCGGGGGUAGGUGGCGGACCUGUAUACAACCCGGCCGUAUUACCUUCCUUGGCGCGUGAGUUGGAGGUGUUCAGGCAGAUUCCGCUCUGGAAGUAUGUUUGCCGUUCUAAGGCGGUCCUAUUAAGCAUGGAACCGAACGCUGCUAUUUUCUUUGAGCAGCCAAACGUUCUAGCGCUGCUGCCAUGUACUGGCGUUAGUGCGGAAGUGUCACUAAAGCAGUUUAUCGAGAUUCAACAACUCGAGCAACAUACAAACGCUUCAACGGCUGAUUCCUGUAGCGUGGUGGCACCUUCAAUUGAGCACGAGCAGUUGGAGCAUCGCUGGAAGAUUGAUGACGGCAAAAUAUGUGAGCUGCUGGAUAUCAUCGAAACGUUAACAAACAGCUCCCAGCAAACGAUGGAAAAGGUCCGCACAUACUACAACUUCGCACUUGCCAACAACAUGAGGAAGUACGUCCCACCUACAAAACUCUUCAACGGCCGUAACUUCCGUGAGUACGAGAACGAGUAUCUCUUGUACUAUCGGAUGAUUAACGGCUUCGGUGGAGACAGAUAG